GAUAGAUAGAUAGAUAGAUAGAUAGAUAGAUUGAUAGAUAGAUAGAUAUAAAGUAUAAUUAUACAGUAAUGUAUACUGCAUAUGCAUAUAUUUACAGAUUUAUGUAUGUAUGUAUGUAUGGAAUUUUAUAAGAACAAAUGCAAUAAUAAUCGUGAUAAAUAAACAUUUAAUAGAAGCUUUUUUUAUGCAAAAAAAAAUCGUAGUUUGAAUUUAACCGAGUGCUAAUGAUCCUAUUUUUUACAGCAAUGUUCACUAAUAAGUUGGAAGUUUAUGAUUAUAUCGCCCAUAUUGAAUACCAUAGUUAGAUAUUCCUUUAAAAUAUGUAUUACUGUUGUUAUGUUGAGGGUAGUCGUCUCGAAAACGUAUUUACUGACCACAUAAUUUCUCAACACGAACAUAUAGUAUAUAUUUUACGUAACAAAGGGCAGUGAAUAGCUAAUUAUAUUAUUUAUUACGUUAACCUUAUAAUUUAGUAAUUUUAGCUCUCGACAGAGAAAUUUUAAAAAUAAAUUGUAGUUGUUAAAUUUUCGAUCAACACCUGUUGAGGACAAAGAAAAGGGAAAUAUUUUGUCUUUUAUUUACAUUUCUUCUUUUCUUUAGUAGUUCUAGAAUUGGUAUUACAGAUUUGUAACUAGAUGCAGUUGGAAAGUAAAAAAACUAGAUUCAAUUAUAUAUUAGAGCCUUUUGUUAUGGCUUCUAUAUAGCCAUUGAAUAACACAUAAAAGCGUCUAAUCUCUUAGUUUUUGGCAAGCUUAAACACGAUCAUCAACAAUUCUUUCUAAAAAUUAAACACUGACUUUUUUCAGUCAAGAAAAUUAGUUUCCUCUUUUUAAAACGAAAUUAAAGAACCUAUUAAUAUUGGACAAGAGUGGUGUUGCUAUUGACUGCAGAGAGACCAGAGGCGUCUUGAUUGAAAUGUAUACUAAGUAAAAGAUAUAGAAGAAAGAAAAAAAUUCUGUAUAAAAAAAAUCACAUCAGCGAGAUCGCGUUCCUCGUAGUCAACGGCUACGAACGACAACAAACCCAACUGUGAAAGAAUAAAUAGAGACUGAAGCUGUAAUUUUUGAACGUUGGGCAGGUGAGAGAAACGCUAGCGUCUGUUACUGUGGGUUCUCGUCGCUCAUUACGAUCGCCUUUGAUGGCACCAUGAUACGCUUAAUGAGCGACUGACCUCCUACAGAGUACCAAAGCGCUGGCGAACGAGUACAUCACGGCCUAAAGUUAGCAGCGUCUAACCAACGUGUAGACGCUUUCCCCGCUCAUUUCCUGCGCAGAGUGCACGCAUCGCAGCUGUAAAACAAUCGAUAUGUUCGAUAUGUUUUGGUUUUGAGGCAAUCAAUGGUGCCAGCUGACUGUCGUUUAUCAGCUUAAUAACAAUCACAAAACUACAUUCGCCCAACCUCAAAACGCCUCAAUUACUAGCAAUUGGUGCAAACGCACCAUCAGACUGGCGCCAUUAGACGCUUGUUGUCCUGACAACGCUUGUAAACAUUGCCCGUUAAGCUUAUGAAAGUAUGCUGAUUCAGUAGCGGCAGCGGCCAACUUUUAUUGUAGAAUAUUGUUACAUUGCAUGUAUUUAGCUAUAGCGUUGUUUUGUUUAUUGUAUACGUCAAAUAUAGACUUCUAUGUCAUUCUUCUUGGUACAUUCAAUUUUUAAAUUAUCAUUAAAAAGAACAAAGGCAAUAAAACGAUAAUCGCAAAUUUUUAACGGUUAGCGGAAUUCUAAAUAUUAACGCAUAUUCUACUCUAUUUUCUGUAAAUUUUAGAUUAUAAUAAAGCUACAUAAAAACAUGACAUCGCCUUAUUUUAUUAUUGAAAACGUGCGAGAUUAUUAUGAUUAUUCAAGCUAUUGGCAAGCGCCAACAGUCAGUCUAUUGUGCGCGUACAGUUGAACUAUUGCAGUAGCCAUGGCGUUCAAGCGCACCGUCAUUGUGUUUCAACACGGGCGCUCACGCAAAAAUAUAUUACGGAGGGGGGCCCCGUUUUUUCGAAAUGCAAUUAACGUACGGUCGAACAUAGCCAUUCCAUUUUAAAUUCUUUGUCUAUAACACGUGGUGCCAGCGUCGCCGUGCACCGUUUCACUAUUAAACAAAAAGAAAAAAAAAAGCGUCAGACUGCGCGAUGCAUCGUGGCGUGACAGCUGUUACCAAGCCAGCCGUAACAGCAGAAACAGCAGCAGUAACAGCAGAAAAAUCGGUAAACAAUUCAAAAACAACAGUAAUACCGCGACCGGUUUUGAACAGCAGCAAACAUCAGCAAAACAACGUCCAGCCGAAAGGAAAUUGCGAUUUUCAAGGUGGCUACACUCGAAAAUGAAGUAGCGCCGGUUCGGAGCAUAUUGCUCGCGGACAAAUACAACUUCAAGUAUACGCAGCACACAUGCAUACAGAAUUUUAAUAAGGAAAUUCAAGUAGAAUAAGGAAACCGUCCUCGCCGUGACGAAGAGUAGCCAUGCAUGCCGUAUUUUUCCUGAAAGACGCGCACAAAUCGGAUGGUAAUUUUCUUAGCGUUUCGCCUCAAUCCCAAAUCUCUCAUCAUAUUUGUGCAUUGCGUCUCUGGCGAUUGUCGCACCCACUUUUACUAGACGGCAUAGGCGCACCCGUUAUCAGACGCCACAAGGGCCAAAUAGCAAAAGUUGGCCGUCUAGAUAAAGCCAAACUGGUGCACGUAAGCAACGAGAUAGACAUGCAGAGGGCGGGUGGCAACCGUUUAACAGGCGAAGGGUGUGUCCAGUCUAUAAAGACCGUGACGAAGAUUUAGACGGUUUUUAAAGAAGCGAGAUUUUGUAACAGUAAAAUCUUGGUAUUUUUAAAUAUUAUAACGGAACAUAAAUAGGUCGCACCAAGUAGAUUUACACAAAAGGUGGCCUUUCUCGUAGGCGCAGUUACGUUUCAACAUGCCCCGUUCCGGUUACUGCUUGUUCGACGCGCAAACUUUAUAAUCUAGACGCGUUUUUUCCCUGAUAUUCCCUUUAUCAUUAGCACUCGAUUAAAUUCGAUUUGUUAUUACUUGUACAUAGGCUUCAACUUAUUCACCUUAAUAACUAAAUAUAAAUUUAAGCCCAUACAUUUCUAACCUUCAUGUACACAUACAUACUCACAAAUUUGCAUAAAUAUAUAUAUAUACUUAAAUAUAAAUCUAUGUAUCUAUAUUUAUACAUAUAUAUA